CAGUAUCGCGGUGGACGUCAACUGGAGCAGCUGGGAAAUAAAAACUAGAAAGAAUCUGUGCGUGAAUUUCCUACUUAUCAUUAUCAGCAUUUUUUUAUAUAAAAAAUACUCAAGACAGUGAUAACCAGAAUUAUUUAAGCUUCAGUCGCGCGUGGUACUUCUUUUUAUUUAAAUUUAAUUAAAAGUGCUGUUUCAGUUUUUAAAUUUAUUUCUUGUAAAACGACAAAGUGAUAAUCAAUCAGAAAGAAAAUUUUAUUUUAGCAAAAAGAAUAUCUUAGUGGAUAUAAUUUUAGUGCAUAAAAAAAAUUAAUAGUGCUAAUAGUUUUUACCUCAAAAUGGCUAAGCCCGGAGGCUUCCACAGCCUGGGCGCAAAAAUUUGGAUUACCAUUUUAAUAGGAUUAGCUGCAAGGCCUGCGUCAUCAGCUACAUGUAAUCAAACAGCCUGUGAUUGUGAUGGUUUAAAAGGAGCUCCAGGAAAUGUAGGUCCACCUGGCUUACCUGGUGUUGAGGGUCCCCCUGGUGACAUUGGACCUGAUGGUUAUCAAGGCAGAAGAGGCGAAGAUGGUGAAACAGGAGAGCUUGGAGAAGUUGGUGAGAAAGGUGUCCGAGGAGACCAAGGCUUCCAAGGACUUAAAGGAAGGGCUGGUAUUCCCGGCUUGUAUGGAGACGAAGGUCCUCGAGGGCCUGACGGAAUUGAUGGAUGUAAUGGAACUGAUGGACAACAGGGAAUACCGGGAUCACCAGGUUCUCACGGUUAUCGUGGACAAGCUGGAGAACCAGGCCCACAAGGUGCACGAGGUGAUCCUGGAGAGGGAGGCAUCAAUUCUAAGGGGACCAAAGGUGAUCGAGGAUUUGAUGGAUUAGAUGGCCCUCCUGGUCCAGCUGGAUUCGAUGGACUUCCUGGAGAGAAAGGUUAUGCGGGAGCUGAUGGAAACUAUGCUAUAGAUGGUGAAAAAGGUUUCAAAGGUUCAAAAGGAGAACCGUCUGACUUACUUCCAUGGUGCAAAGGAGAAAAGGGAGAAACAGGGCACAUUUCAUAUUUCAGUGGCCGCAAUGAAACCAACGUGAUUAAAGGUGAAAAAGGAGAAAAAGGCACCAAAGGACCUCGUGGAGAUGAUGGAAUGUAUGGUCGCACUGGAGCACCUGGUCAACCAGGGUUUAGAGGAACAAAAGGUUAUAAGGGAGCUGAAGGAGAACUUGGAGAUCGUGGUAAACCAGGAAAAAUUGGCCCUCAAGGUGUUUCGGGAGAAAAAGGAGCCAAGGGUGCUCCUGGUUACGCUGGAAGAGAUGGUUUGUCUGGAGCAAAAGGAGAACGUGGUGAAGAUGGUUAUGAGGGCAUGCCAGGUAGACAAGGUCAAUCUGGCCCUCCUGGACGGUAUGAUCCAAACCUUGAUGAAAUAAGCGUUGGACCUAUUGGACCUCAAGGAGAAAUCGGACCACCUGGUGAAAUGGGAGUAUCAGGAAUUCCUGGUGACGUUGGAAGAAGAGGUGCCACUGGAGACCCUGGACUUCCAGGUGAUCCUGGAUUUGAAGGUUUACGUGGAAAACCCGGAACUUCAGAAAAAGGACAAGCUGGAGAUCACGGCGAAACAGGACUUUUAGGACCUGUUGGACCAACAGGCUAUCAAGGUCCAGUAGGAAGAGUUGGUGUGAAAGGUUUCCGAGGAGAAGAUAUUAUUGGCUUGAAAGGAGAACCUGGUGAAUCUGGUAGACCUGGAUUCCCAGAUGGUCUUCCUGGUGAUAGAGGAGAUGCUGGCUUACCUGGUGAUAAAGGGUUUCCUGGAAUCGGUUUUAACAUCACAGGGCCUCCUGGGCCUGAUGGUUUACCAGGAAGACAAGGUGCUCCUGGAGAUCCUGGAUUUGAUGGUUUAACUGGUCCCAUGGGAGAUAAAGGUUAUCGUGGAGAAGAUUGUGGAUAUUGUCCUGAUGGAUUACCUGGACUCAAAGGAGAUUCUGGAGAAACAGGAAGUAGAGGGUAUCCAGGAAUACAGGGUAAUCGUGGUUUACCAGGUGAAAGAGGAGACAAAGGAAUAAAAGGAUUUGAUGGCUUACCAGGCUAUUCUGGAUUGAAAGGUCAAGCUGGACAACCCGGUUUACCAGGUAUUCAAGGAUUUAAAGGACCUAAGGGAAUCAUAAUUGAGAUUGGUCAAAGACAUGCUCCAGAAUUGGGAGAUGAUGGUGAUGCUGGAUACCCUGGUAACAUAGGUCUUGAUGGGGAUCAAGGACCUAUGGGAGAGCCUGGUCUGCAUGGAGAAAGAGGUGAAAUGGGAUACCCAGGUCUAGAAGGCUUCCCAGGAUUGAUAGGAAAGAAUGGUUCAGACGGCCGUGAUGGAUAUGACGGAGCUCCUGGAGAAGAUGCUUUCCUUAAUGAAUACACAAAACGGCAAUUCCAAGGAGACCGAGGAUACGAUGCAUUUAGAGGCAUCAAAGGUGAUCGAGGUGAUAGAGGAGCUAAAGGAGAAAGAGGUCUAGUUCCAGAUGUUAUUCUUGACAAACGUGGAUAUAAAGGAGACGUCGGUCCACCAGGGCCUCCUGGAAGGAUGGGACGGAAGGGAGAACCGGGAGAAAUCGGACCAGCUGGAUAUGAUGGUGCCAUUGGACCACGUGGAAUUCUUGGAGAAGUUACACCUGGAAUUGAUGGAAAUAAAGGCUAUCCUGGAUUACCUGGAAAUUAUGGGCCAAGAGGUGAAGAUGGUCUACCUGGUAUCAAUGGAAUUGAUGGACUUCCAGGUCUCCCUGGUGUGAAAGGAUCAAGAGGUGAUCCUGGGUCAGCUAUUCUUUUUGGAGAAAUGGGAAUUGAUGGAGACGAAGGUUAUCCUGGUGAAAAGGGUGACAUGGGAUAUCCUGGUCAACCAGGUUUAAGAGGUAUUCCGGGUAUAAGAGGAGGAAGGGGACCAAAAGGAGACUUUGGAGCAACAGGCUUAUACGGAAUAACUGGAAAUAAGGGAGCAAAGGGUGAUAUCGUAUUUGGUGACCGUGGUGAAGAAGGUCUGAGCGGAUUAGACGGUAGAAAUGGAAUAUUUGGUCAAAAAGGUGAAAAAGGAGACGAAGGUUAUGUUGGAGCUUUUGGUUUGAAAGGUUUACGUGGUGAUACUGGUUUUGAUGGACGUGUUGGUCAAGACGGAGAUUUAGGUCUUAUUGGAGAUACUGGGUCACCUGGUUUAAUGGGACAACCUGGUGAUGAUGGACCCUUCGGUGACAAAGGAGAAGCUGGAGCUAUUGGAAACACUGGUUUUGGUGGUAGAAGAGGUCCUAUGGGAGCAUUUGGAUUUAAAGGAGAACUAGGGGACAAAGGACUUCCAGGAUACCGAGGAAGAGAUGGUUUGAAAGGAUUGAAAGGUCUUAGAGGAGAUUAUGGAUUGUUCGGAUAUCAGGGACAGAAAGGAGAAGCAGCUUUUAGUGGACCUAAGGGAGAACUAGGAGUACAAGGCUUUUCAGGGCCUAGAGGUCUAGAUGGCAUUCCUGGAAGACGUGGAGCCAAGGGUGAAGAGGGCGAUGCUGGAGAAAUUUAUGAUGGUGCACCAGGUAUUAAAGGAGAACAGGGAAGGCCUGGUAAAUCUGGCAGACCAGGAAGACGAGGAUUAAAAGGAGCAAGAGGUGACGUUGGAAUAAUGGGAGAUGCUGGCCAACAAGGAGAUGAAGGUAGAGCAGGCUUCCCUGGUUUCAAAGGAAGAGAUGGUCGAAGAGGUAUUGCUGGAACACCAGGUCGUGUUGGUGAACCAGGUUAUAUUGGAUUCAAAGGAGAUGAUGGUGACGCAGGAUAUGACGGACUCAAAGGUGUAAGAGGAGAUAGAGGUUUGAAUGGUUUUGCUGGACCUGAUGGACCAAAGGGUGAAGAAGGAGAGAAGGGUAUGAUGGGAGCACCUGGUUUAAUGUCAUUUGGGCGAGUAAAUAAAGGAGAACGGGGUGAAAGAGGUUACACUGGAAGAGAAGGAAGUGUUGGUAUUCCUGGAGUGAAAGGUGCAAGAGGAUAUUAUGGAAGAAAAGGAGAUAGAGGAAAUAUUGGAGCAAUGGGAGCUUUUGGUACAGAUGGUCGUUUUGGUUUAAAAGGUAUUCUAGGAGAUAGAGGUCCUAAAGGUGAAAGAGGUCCUGUUGCAGCAUACGUAGAACCUGGAGAAGAAGGAAACUCUGGAGCUGACGGCUUCCCAGGAAGAUCUGGAGCUACUGGAUCGAAGGGAGCACCAGGUGAUUAUGGUGAUGAUGGAUUAUCCGGUUUUCAAGGAGAAAUUGGCAUCAGCAUUGACGGUCCAAAAGGAUAUCCUGGUGAUGCAGGAUAUCAAGGAGCUCCAGGUCCUUCUGGUUUAGAUGGGCUAGUUGGUUUACAAGGUGAAAGAGGAGAAGAAGGUUUACAAGGAGAGCGUGGAGAUUCAGGCUAUUCAAUACGAGGUGUUAAAGGUGUUAGAGGUGAUUUAGGAUUCCCAGGAUUCGAUGGAAAUUAUGGCCAAACUGGUGAAAAAGGCGAUGUUGGAGAUAUCGGUUAUGAGGGAUUGCGUGGCAGAAAGGGAGAACGGGGACCAAUUGGUGAUUUUGGGGAAGAUGGAAGAGAUGGUGGUCCAGGUUAUCUAGGACCAAAAGGUUUCAAAGGAGCUCCAUACGCAGCUGAUUCAAUUCUUCGUCCACAACCUGGUCACGAUGGUCUUAAAGGAGAAAAGGGUGACCAUGGUGACAAAGGAUUCCCAGGAAGAGCAGGACUUAUUGGAUAUCGAGGCCUUAAAGGUUACCAAGGACUUCAAGGUUUAAGUGGACUGCCUGGUUCUCAAGGUUUCAAAGGAGAAAAAGGUUUUGUUGGUGCACCUGGAUUAACAGGUUUAGAUGGUUUCAGAGGAAUAGCUGGAGAAACUGGCGACCCUGCACCACCUGGUCCACCACCAAGAAGUCGAGGAUUUGUUUUCACACGACAUUCACAAACUUCCUUGAUUCCUAACUGUCCGGUAAAUACCAACUUAUUGUGGGAGGGAUACUCUUUCGUUUCAGCAAUAGGAAGCGAUCGAUCAGUUGGUCAAGAUUUAGGCUUGUCUGGAUCAUGUCUUCGACGCUUCUCAGCAAUGCCAUUUAUGUUCUGCAAUCUUAACAACGUUUGUAGCUAUGCAGAAAACAAUGAUGAUAGUAUUUGGCUUACAACCGGAGAACCAAUGCCUAUGUCGAUGACUCCAAUUCCCUCCAGAGAAUUGGAAAAAUACAUCUCACGUUGUGCUGUUUGUGAAACAACAACCCGAAUGAUUGCACUUCACAGUCAAGGAAUGAAUAUUCCAGAUUGCCCACAAGGAUGGGAAGAAGCAUGGAUAGGAUACAGUUACUACAUGCAAACUUCUGAUGCUCGCGGAAACUCUCAUCAAAAUCUUAUUUCACCUGGAUCAUGCUUAGAAGAAUUCCGAGCACAACCAGUAAUCGAAUGCCAUGGACGAGGAACAUGCAACAUUUUUGAUGGAAUUACAUCCUUCUGGCUCACAGUCAUCGAAGAAAAUGACCAAUUCAAAAAACCACGACAACAAACACUUAAAGCUGAUCAAACAAGCAAAAUAAGUCGUUGUUCUGUUUGUCGAAAGAUUGAUCGCAGUUUUAGAGUUCGCCCAUCGAGCCCACUUCCAAGUGCUUCUGCAUUUUCUCAAAGAGAAACUGAAGUUUAUCAUAGACGUAAUGAGGUUCCGUUUGUACCGAUCACUCCUCCACCACAACAGCAAACUCCACCACCAAGGAGAAGACGACCCAAUGCUAGAAACCAAAGACAACGAAAGGAACGUGCAAGAGAGCGUGAAGAACGCGAGCGAGAAAGAAACUCGAGAAAUAAAAAUCAACGACAAUGAACUUCCAGAUCAUUUUAAAAACAUUAUUUUGUGUUCUUUUUCUAGUUAACAUUUUCUUUUCUUUGAAAUAAUUUCAUGUUAAAGUACUCUUUGUAUCUAACAAGGAUUAAGCCAAGCUUGUAAAAUCCUUCUGAGAAAUAAAUUUUAAUUCUUUGUGCCAAUAAACAUUAUUGUGUGCCUUUUCAAAUGAUAUAAAUUCAAAAACUUACACCAAAUAAAAAUUUGCUUUCAUGAUCCUAUCUAAGGUAUCAUGGGACAAUUUCAUACUGCCAAAUUGUAAUUAAAAGUUUUUUUUAUUUUCUGACAUUUAUAUCAAGAUUAACAUUUAUAAAUAAAAAGGUUUGAAAUAAUAAAAAUUAA